CGUCGCUGUCAGUGCACGGAGUCACACGAUUUGCCCGUUUGGCGUUGUUGCUACCGAUGCUCACGAUUUGGAGCUUUUACCAAAUUUGAUGAAUACCAUCUGUAUGCUUAUCGAAUGGACUGAAAGCCACGAUCCUGAUGUAAUAAAGGGGGAGAUCCAGAACAGAGACGCUUUCUUCAAUCCAAACAUCCAAACAACUCCUGACGUUACCCAUUUCAAGAGUCACCGGAAAACUGUUAGAAGACUUGAGCCAUGCCCUGCGUUCAGGCUCAGUAUGGAUCAUCACCUCAAGGAGCCAGUCCUGCUUCCCAGAGCUACAGCUACCACACCGCAGGAGAAUACAGCUGCGACUUCUUAACACCAGAGUUUGUUAAGUUUAGCAUGGACUUGACCAACACUGAGAUCACAGCCACUACAUCUCUCCCAAGUUUCAGCACAUUCAUGGACAACUAUAACACCAGUUACGACGUUAAACCGCCCUGUCUGUAUCAAAUGCCCCACUCUGGAGAGCAGUCCUCUAUCAAGGUGGAGGAUGUCCAGAUGCACAGCUAUCAUCAGCAGAGCCACCUGCCACCUCAGUCGGAAGACAUGCUCGCUCACUCUGGGCCUAUGUACUUUAAACCCUCCUCACCUCAUGCCCCGAGUACACCAAACUUCCAGGUUCAGCCAAAUCACAUGUGGGAGGACCCUGGCUCCCUCCACAGUUUCCACCAGAACUAUGUUGCGGCCACUUCUCACAUGAUAGACCAACGCAAGAAUCCGGUGUCAAGGCUUUCGCUCUUUUCCUUCAAGCAGUCUCCGCCCGGUACCCCUGUUUCCAGUUGUCAGAUGCGGUUCGACGGGCCGCUGCACGUUUCCAUGAACCACGACAACCCGGGUGCGCACCGCGGCCUGGAUGGUCAGAGCUUUGCAGUGCCCAGCGCCAUAAGGAAACAAGCCGGUCUGGCCUUUCCACACUCCCUGCAGCUUAGCCACGGGCACCAGCUGGUGGACAGCCAAGUGCCAUCGCCCCCGUCCCGAGGAUCUCCGUCAAACGAGGGUCUGUGUGCGGUGUGUGGGGACAACGCAGCAUGCCAGCAUUAUGGAGUGAGAACCUGCGAGGGCUGCAAAGGAUUUUUUAAGCGCACAGUUCAGAAGAAUGCGAAAUACGUGUGUUUAGCGAAUAAAAACUGUCCUGUUGACAAACGGCGAAGAAAUCGUUGCCAGUUCUGCCGUUUCCAGAAGUGCCUUGUCGUCGGAAUGGUGAGAGAAGUUGUCCGAACGGAUAAUCUGAAAGGACGAAGAGGACGCCUACCAUCCAAACCCAAAAGUCCUCAGGAGCCCUCUCCACCUUCACCGCCGGUGAGCCUCAUAAGCGCACUAGUUAGGGCCCAUGUGGACUCCAACCCCUCCAUGUCUGCUUUGGACUAUUCAAGAUUCCAGGCAAACCCUGACUACCAAAUGACUGGAGACAACACUCAGCACAUCCAGCAGUUCUAUGAUCUCCUGACGGGCUCCAUGGAGAUCAUCCGAGGCUGGGCGGAGAAGAUUCCUGGCUUCUCUGAUCUACCGAAGCAAGAUCAAGAUCUCCUCUUUGAAUCUGCCUUCCUCGAACUGUUUGUCCUGCGGCUUGCAUACAGGUCCAAUCCAGUGGAAGGAAAACUUAUUUUUUGUAAUGGAGUGGUGUUACACAGACUACAGUGCGUCCGUGGAUUUGGAGAGUGGGUAGACUCCAUCGUGGAGUUUUCUUCUAACUUGCAGAGCAUGAAUAUAGACAUCUCAGCUUUCUCCUGCAUCGCAGCCCUGGCCAUGGUAACAGAGCGGCAUGGGCUGAAGGAGCCCAAGAGAGUCGAGGAUCUUCAAAACAAGAUAGUCAACUGCCUCAAAGAUCAAGUGACAUUCAAUGGCGGUGGUUUGAAUCGUCCCAACUACCUGUCAAAACUCUUGGGAAAGCUCCCUGAACUGCGCACACUAUGUACCCAAGGUCUGCAGCGUAUCUUUUACCUAAAGCUAGAAGACCUAGUCCCUCCGCCAGCAAUAAUUGACAAACUUUUCCUCGACACCCUCCCUUUCUGAGUGUGACUCAAAGGCGAAACCUCAAAUAACUUCCGAAAGACUGAAUGAGUCAAACUUCUAACAUUUUCAGCUAUAAUGUUUCUCAUUUCCUUUUUCUUUUCAAGCUCCGCAAGCUGUUAGAAAAACAUAUGCGUAAGGAUUCAUGAAAAAAAACAAAAACAAAAACAACAAAAAAACAAAAAACAAAAAAACAACAACAAAAAAACAAACCCUGGGGAAAAGCACUGUUUGAACGCUAUGUAGGCCCUUUAAAGUCCUUGCAUUGUGUGUUUUACAUUUAUAUAAUUUCAUUUGUGUUUAUUUUAAGUGCCAAAUAAGUGAAUUAUCACCGGGAAUUUAUGUUCAGUGGAAAGUUAACCUGACCUUGCAACCACUUACUGUUUUAUUUAACGUAUAAUCAUUCACCCAGAUGUAAUAUAUUCCAUUUAUAUAUACAGUAUAUAUAAAUACACACGCACACACACUGUAUAUUAUGAUAGAAUAUGUGAUGCCUCAAAUGCAUCGGUUUAUAACGUGUACAAAGUUUGUUAUAAUGAAAAGAUUGAGUUCUCUUUUCUUUUUGGACUCGUGCCUAUGUGUUUCUGACAGGAUCACAAACGUAUCCGGAUAAGACAACGCAUGUUCCAGUUUCUGUUUUUCCUUCUUUCCAUUUUUCCUUUUAUAGGCACUUGCUGAGGUGAUGUCUAUAUAUAAUAUAUACCGGACACUAUGUAGUCUGCUAGAUUUGAUACAGAUUCGUAGUUAUGGCACUCCUUUUAUCUAUGACGCAUAUGUGGAAAAAUAUUUCAUCUGUAUAGAAAAUGAGGGACCCAUGGUGUUUGUAAAACUGUCAGACAUUCCUUGUUUGUAUGUGCUGUAAGUAUUGUUGCUGUUGAAUAUAAACGUUUCUAUAUAUUUAUUAUUUCUAUUGCCAAGAGCUACACUAAGCAUGGUGCAAUUUAAACGAUUUCAAACCAUCCAAGUUCAUGCUGAGCACGUUGUCUAUGUUUUAUGUCUUAUAAACGUCUUGGUAGUUAUGAUUUAACACGUUUGGAAGUGGAAAAAAAUCCAUCUUAUAUGAAGAGGUUCAUGAGUGUGUGAUAUAGGCCUACAUCUCUGGCAUCAUGAUGUAAUUACAACUUGUGUAACGCAUUCGGUGCCGAAUUCAAAAACUUUAGAGAGAAAGAAAUAUUUAAUGUUUACAAAUAAAACUUUUAAAUCAAUUCUUUUGCUAACUAAUUUCUCUGAAAUUAAUAUCAUACAUUUCCAAUAGACAGAUAC